AUGAGGGAUAUUACAACGCGUCCCCAGCAGGGCAUAGCAAAGCACCGCAUGCCCAGGAUGACAAGCCAAAAAGCCAUUAGAGAAUCCAGGAAACCACGACUCUGUUGCUUGCCCUACUCUCAAGGCUCGACAACUUCACCUGAGGAACGGACAGCCGCCCAACAGCCCAUUCGCCGCACAACUCUCCAGCCAAAACUGUAUAAACAAACUCAAAGCAUUGCUGGUUCCACCAGAGCACCUUCAGAGAACCUCUUCCGCAAUAAUCCAACACCGCUGACCAUCCUGAUUGGCACAACAAGUCCAUCUUCAUGCAUGAAUCCGGUCUUCUACUCUCUACAAAACACCGAAUGGAAUGAGCAAGACUACGACAACAGAUGA